AUGGAUCCAGGAUGUGAAGAAUGCAUCAAGGGCACGGUUCAUAAAGGCCUACCCAAGGGCAAGGAGGAAGUGAUCCACGGCCUGAAUACUUAUGUGAUCGGAAACCGAGUCAAUCCAAGAGGCAUCAUAGUCAUCUACUCCGACAUCUUUGGCCUGGCGUUGCCCAACAACAAGCUCAUCGCUGAUGGGUAUGCGAAAAGUGGGGAGUGGCUAGUCUACUUACCAGAUUUCUUCAAGGGCGACCCUAUGACGCUCAAAUUUGCCGACGUGGCGAUUCCAGUCGAUGCAGGCAAGCAGUCAACCUUUGCAAAGUACACCGGGCUUUUGGCGUCGGCACCAUCUUUGGUCAUGUGGAUGACAAGGCACAAACAGGGACCAACGAACAAAAUCUGCAUGGAUUUUCUGGGGGAGCUGAGAAGAGCAACUCCGAGGAACCAGAAAAUUGGAAUCACUGGAAUGUGUUGGGGUGGAAAAUAUGCGAUUAGAGCCGCACUUGAGAGCAACAUGAUUGAGCUUGACGGGAAGAAGGUGCCACUUGUGGAUGCGGUGGUCGCUCUGCACCCAAGUAACCUGGUUCUUGAAGAGGACUUCACUCCUGUUGUUGUUCCAAUUACCGUCGGUUGGGGUUUGCAAGACGAGGGCGUCAAGAUUGCCCUGAAAGGUCAGGUUGAAGAAAUCCAUGAGAGAGAAAGAAAGGCUGGAAAACAGUUGCCGGAAAUCGUGCACCAAGUUUAUAAGCCUGGACGACAUGGGUUCUCGGUGAGAGGCAAUCCGGACGAUCCUCAGGAAAGAGCCUGCCUGGAAGAUUCGGAGAAACAAGCCUUGGAUUGGUUUCAGCGGUGGCUUUAA